UUUCUGCGUCGGUCGGGUAUGAGCUUGCUGGGGGCCUACAAGAAAAAGAGCAGUUAUGACGGCUAUGAAUCUUUGCAGUUGGUCGAUAGCGGCGGAGAAGGCUUCGGUGUUGGCAGAGGAAGCAGCAGCAGCAGCAGCGGCGGCAGCAUCAGCAUCAGCAGCAGUGUCCUCAGCAGCUCCAUAGGAGUCAGCCUUGGAGCUAAGGCAGCUCCACUGAGAGAGGAGGAGGAGGAGGAGGAGGACUGCAGCACCAUGGACAGCUCAGAUAUGGACGCUGGUUACGGUGGAGGCCUGUUGGAUAUGGUCAAAGGAGGAGCUGGGAAGUUCUUUAGCAACUUCAAGGACAACCUGAAGGACACGCUGAAGGACACGUCCACGAAGGUCAUGCACCAGGUCGCCACAUACACUAAAGGGGAACUGGACAUUUCCUACAUUACAUCCAGGAUCAUAGUAAUGACAUAUCCAGCAGAGUCCGUACAGAUUAACUACCAGAACCACAUGGAGGACAUUCGCUCCUUCCUCGACAGUCGCCACGCUGACCACUACACCGUCUUCAACCUGUCCCAGCGCAACUACCGAGGCGCUAAGUUCGCCAACAGGGUUUCAGAGUGUAACUGGCCGUCUCGUCAGGCCCCCAGCCUCCACAACCUGUUUGCCGUCUGUAAGAACAUGCACAACUGGCUCAAACAGAAUCCCAAGAACGUGUGUGUCAUCACCUGCUCGGAUGGUCGGGCUAUCUCUGGUGUUUUAGUCUGUGCCAUGUUCUGCUUCUGCCAUCUCUUCAACAACCCGGUUCCAGCCAUGCAGCUGCUCAGCGCCAAGAGACCAGGUUCUGGCCUCUGGCCUUCCCACUGCAGGUACAUAGGUUAUGUGUGUAGCAUGGUGUCAGAGAAGCCCACUCUGCCACACUCCAAGCCCUUGAUGAUCAAGUCCCUGACGAUGAGCCCAGUGCCCUGCUUCAACAAGCAGCGCAGCGGCUGUCGGCCCUUUUGCGACGUCCUCAUUGGAGAGACAAAGAUCUUCACCACGGCGCAGGACUAUGAGAGAAUGAGAGAGCACAGGUUCCAGGAAGGAAAGGUGACUUUCCCUCUGGGCGUUAGUGUGCAAGGAGAUGUGGUGGUUUCUGUCUACCACAUGAGGUCGACGAUCGGAGGACGUCUGCAGGCCAAGGUGUCCAACACUCAGAUUUUCCAGAUCCAGUUCCACACUGGCUUCAUUGCUCCUGGUACCACUGUGUUAAAGUUCAACAAACCAGAGCUUGACACCUGGGAGUCUCCUGAGAAGUAUCCACAGCUGUUCCACGUGAUCCUGGAUGUGGAGGUCGAAGGUGUGGACAAGCAGAAAGACCUGACACCACCGUGGGAGCAGUUUCCAUGUAAAGACCUGAGUCCCAGCGUGCUUUUCUCCUGCCACCAGGAACAACAGGAUGCACUGGCCGUUGCUGAUGAGAUGGAGGGCCUGGAUCUGGAGGGUAAGACAGUAGAAGAGAGCCCAGGCUUGUUAGAGCGACACAGUGACCAGGGUUUAAUACAGUUCAAUCAUAAAAAGCCGAUUCGCCCCCGCGGCCCCUGUGAAGAAAGUGAGGCCUCUGACGAUGAGAUGCUCUCACUCUCCAGUCAGAGGAGCAGUGUCAGCAUGGCCCCCCAGAAACCCGACCCCCCUCCUGAAGCACCUGCUGCACCCCCACUGCCUGAGGAAGUAGACCUCCUCGGCCUGGGAGGAGAGGAGAUCAACCAGCGGCAGCCCUCCACGCAGCCCCCGUCCACUGCAGCCACAGCCACGCCUAUGACCACUGACCUUCUUGGGGACUUUUUCGGGACCCCAGCUCCAUCAUCCAGUGGGCCCUCAUCUACACAGUCCACACCACAUAAAGUCAUCCCCAACACUGCCUCGCCGUGUCACUCCCCUGCACCAGCGUUCGACCCCUUCGGAGCAGGUCCGAUGCCGAAGCCUCAGGACGUGAAGGGCUCAUUCCUUGGUCCAGGUAACGUGGGGCAGCCAGACCCCUUCCUGCAUGCUGCUCGCUCUCCAUCACCCACGCUGCAGGCUACGAGUGUGGGCCGGAGUUCUCCUGCUCCACCCUCAACACCCACUGUCAACAUUCAACAGCAAAACACUAUGGGAGGAUGGGACUGGAACACACCCACUACUACAAACACAGGAGCAGCUUUUGGAAUGGGCAGCCGCUCGGCCACCACAAGCCCUACAGGAUCCGUCCACAGCACUCCCACCCACCAGACCAAGCCCAACACACUGGACCCCUUCGCUGACUUAGGAAACCUAGGAGGAACCCUGGGAGGAGGUUCUGGGUUCUCCAGCAAACCUACCACUCCAACUGGAACAGUGCCAACGUUUCCACCCAUGGGCUCUCCAUCUCGGCCUCCUCCGUCACCUCAACAUGCAGGAGGGUGGCAGCCUCACGCAGGAGCCAGCUUCCCCUCCUGGCAGCCGGGGGCUGCUAGCGGUGGGGGAUGGCUGCCUCAAGGUCCAGGCCCUGCCCCACAGCCGAAGCCCAGCCCCAGUCACACCUCCAUGCCUCACGCCUCCCCCCAGAACCGACCCAACUAUAAUGUCAGCUUCUCUGUGAUGGGAGGAGGUUCCCCCAGCGCAGGAGUGAAAGCACAGCCUGGCGUGGGCCCAAAGCCCAAAGCCUCAGAUGCCAACUUUGAUGACCUGCUGUCUGGUCAGGGCUUCACAGGGACCAAAGAGAAGAAAGGGCCCAGGACUAUUGCAGAGAUGAGGAAGGAGGAGAUGGCCAAAGAAAUGGACCCCGAGAAACUAAAGAUCCUGGACUGGAUCGAGGGGAAGGAGCGUAACAUCCGUGCACUGCUGUCCACCAUGCACACCGUGCUGUGGGAGGGAGAGACGCGCUGGAAGCCCAUUGGUAUGGCUGACCUGGUUACUCCAGAGCAGGUGAAGAAGGUUUACCGCAGAGCAGUGCUGGUCGUCCACCCAGACAAGGCGGCAGGACAACCGUAUGAACAAUAUGCCAAGAUGAUUUUUAUGGAACUAAAUGACGCUUGGUCAGAAUUUGAAAGUCAAGGACAGAAACCUCUGUACUGAACAAAACAGACCGUGGGAGUAAAUGAACUAUAGGAGAAAAAUGAGAGGGAGAAAAAAACAAAACUGGAUUUUGUCAACAUCCAAGCAAGUUGCCACCUCCACAAACAGCCACACACCCACACACACUGACAAUAUCUGCCUUUAUACCUGUGCUUUGACCUGAGCUUUCUCCUCUGUUGCUGCCUCACACACACUUAAAAAAAAAUACAAUUGAUUUAGGCUGGAAUGGUGGCUGAAGACUGCACAAUGUCAGUGCUCAGACUCACUGACGAUCCCCGUAGAUCUUCUGACCCUGUACGUACUGUAUGUGGUGUUAGUGUCCUUCCUUGUUGAGUGUCGUUACAGAACUAUCAAUCAAACCUGAGUCACCGGGACGACUGGGGAAAACAGAGAGGUUUGAUUGUGAGGAGACGUGAGGAGAUAGGAGAAAAACACAUCAGGGAGUCAAAUGAAGGAGUUCUUUUUUUUAUCAGUUGUUUUUUAUGUUUCCUGGAAGGAGUUUGAGAUUCAAAGUGCAACAUUGUCAUCAGGUAACCACUGCACUUUUCCUGUGUGAAAUGCUUGUGGUGUAUCAGAGAGCCUAAUAACAGCAGCGUCACUACAACAGGUCAGUUUUCCACUGUCUGGUAAAAGGAAUGGUGAGGUAAUUUUUUUUUUUUUUUUUAGAAACAAAGUUUUGAGGAGACAAAAUAUUGGUUUUGCUUCAUGAAAAAAUAAGUUUCGUUGAAGUCUUAACUCUGCUCAUAGCACAGUAACUUAUUUUUCAAGUGAAGCUGUGUAAAAGCACAAACCGACGGUUUAACUCAGUGCAGCUUUGACAAAAAUAAUUCAAUAAUUACCUUUUUUAUGGAUGGUAGGUCUUGCAAUAAACUGAGAAGACUCUUAAUCUUAUUAUGUCAUUUUAGCAAGUUUUCACCUUCAUAACAAACAAAAAAUGAUGGUGUAAGAAGUUAAGAGCCAACUGGAGGAGGAUUUUAAAAUAUUUUGAGAGGCUUCAAUGUCCUUCAUUGAAAUUCAGUUGUUAAAUUUGAAAACUUGAAAUUAGUAAUCAGUCUUGGAAUUCCAAUCAAAUUCCAAAUUUCUCAGUACAAUUUAAGAACUUAAUUAGGAGUUUUACACAAAUAAAAAAACAUAUAAUAUAAUUAUUAUAGUGAUGUUUGUAAUUUUAAGUUUUAUAUAAAUUAUAUUUCCCCCCCACAAGAUUUAAAGUUAACCUUUUUCAAAACUAUGUUUUUCUUUUGAGAGCAAAAUUUAUUAUUUCUCUGUAUUUUUAUUUUAUUAAAGGUUUUAUUUUAAAAAAAAAGUUAAAACCAGAACCAUUACACUUUCCCUUGUGUUUCCAAUCUUUCAGUUUUACACAGAUGUAAGUUAUUUUGCACACAUCUUUCAGGUAGGAUUCUCAUUGCAUAUCAAUACUACAGUAAGUAUUUAUUUUAAAGUACAUUUAUAUUAGAUUUAUAUUUACAAAUAUAAAUCUCUGCAGUUAAAAUGAAGUUCAUCACCAGAGCAAAAUGUGUUCAAAUUCAUCACAUACAAAAGAAUAAAAUCUUUGUUUUUGUUAUUGUUCUGAAGUAUGAAAUGUUUAUUUUUCUGUCUGUCUUUAGUUCUUUUAUUACCAAGGUGGAAAAAGUGAGUCAUUGAUUUGAAUGCAGACAAAGACUUCAGGAAAUUGUGUGUUUUGACUGAUUUUGGUUCUUUUCAGCAGACUCCAGGUCACAUGGGAAAAACACUUGACUUGAUUCUUCUGAUUAACUUUCCAGACACAGUGAGAGUUUGUAGAGAUGUUGGUCUGUCCUUCAUUUAUACUCAGUAACUCCAUGUGAAAUGUGACCAAUGACUGACUCGUCCAGCUGCAGGCUGUGUUCAAGGCUGAGCUCUGUACUGUAAACACUGGAUGUGUGUGUUAUGUUGUGGUACGUAUGAAUGUGUCCUGAUUACAUGUAGGCUACAUGUGUUUGCCUGUAUGCAGUUCAAGUAUUAAUGAAUAGUGUAAAAAAAAGAAAAGACUAAAGGACACACUGGUUACAGGAUGUAAAUAAUGAUCAGGUGCAUUGCACAUAAUAAAUAUUAACGAGAAGAAAAA